ACGAUGUUGAAAGUGCGACAAAUUCGACGCACUGGGAGAACAACACAAAAAAAAAACAUUGUUGCUGCGCUGCUGUUUUGCUGUGUUGUGAUUUUUGAAUAUUUCCAGUUAAAUCUGUUAAAAUUAAUAAUGCAGGUCAAUUGGAGCAAUGGAAAUGUCAUGUGUUGAAGACAAGUUCAUGAUCAGUCUUGUUGUGCUUGACACUGAUUGUCAGAAUGUUGCGGUGGAAGUCGACCUGCAGUCUGCGCGCUCCAUUCCAGUGCCUGGCCCAGGCCAGUAAUUAAAUUUGUAGUUUGUGUGAAGACCUCCACAUCAAAUAAGGUUUUUGUUUUGCUACUAUCAACAAAAAUGUCACUGGGCGGUAGAAGUAAUCCAGCAGUGGGAAAAGCUGAUUUGAGACGACUUAUGCAGCAAAAGAAGCAAGAUGCACUGCUGCAACGUCCAAAGAAGAUUGAUUCUCCACUUGCAAAGUAUUCGUCGAGCGGCCAGCUCAGCUGCGUGGCGUGCCGCGCGCCGGUGAAGUCGGAGCUGAUGUGGACGGCGCACCUGGCCAGCCGCUCUCACCGCGACCAGGUGGCAGCACUGAAGAGCCGCCAGGGGGCCGACAAGCGACCGGCCGACACCUCGGCCGCGGACACUGCCGGGGCCAAGCACAAGAGGCACAAAGGUGGCAGCGCUCUUCCGGGAGACUUCUUCGAGAAGCCUCAGGCGCCGAAGAAGGGCAUCCUGAAGAAUGCGCCGGCGCGACCGACGUACGCGCCGAAGGCGAUGCCGCCCCCUCCCCCGCCGCCGCCGACACGGAGCUCACAGCUCGGCGAGGCGAUGGACACGGACGACUCAGGAUCCAACGCGCAUCAGCCGGCCGGCACGACUGCGUCCGCGGACCGUCUCUCGGCUGGCGGAUCGUCACAGCCCUCCGGUAGCGGCAGCGCCGCUGGCAACACGGCUCCAGAACCGGAGGUGGAUACCGGUCAGCUGCCGGAGGGCUUCUUCGACGACCCGCAGAAGGACGCCAAGGCUCGUCACGUCGAGUACGUGGACCCGGUGGAGGCCGAGUGGGAGAAGUUCCAGCGGGAGAUGCAGACCGAGAUGGCGGAGUCAGAGGUGAUACUGGACGAGGACCAACAGGAAGCCACCGUCGGUCGGCAGAUAGAGGAGGUCGACGAGCAAAUCAGGAACCUAUCCAGGGUGGUCAGCAUGGAGAAACGGAAGGAGGAGUUGGCGCAUCAGGAGCCCUCGACGUCCGCGCAGGGUGACUCCAGCGACUCCAGCGCCGACGAGGCUGAGGUUGACGAAUUCCUCGACUGGCGGUCCAAAGGCACUUGGAAGUGAACCGCUCCCGCCGCGGAAAGACUGGUACCGUCCGGGAGUCGGAGGCUCGUGUGAUGGGGUGGGGUCCGAGUGACAAAUGUGCAGUGUCAGUGCGGACAGUGCGGAAUGGCAUGUUCAGUGACAGUGACGACGUUCAUAGACUGAGUGAUAUUGUGCGAUAGCUGAUUUUCGCUGUGAAUUUGUCAUCUACAAGCCCGUAUGAAGGAAGUGCUGUGGAUGUAACUGUUGCUCGACCUAACGCUUACUCAGCGUUACACUUUCCCCCGGGCCCAGUACCGGCCAGGGAUCUCAUAUCGCCUCGCUGCUCCAUGCCGACCCCAUCCACUCUGCAUAUUGUACCACCAUCGGCGAGAGUGCCGUGCCCUCGGCGGCUUCCAUUGUCGCCGGGGGGCACGCCGUCGUACAAUGAGGCGGGCGCGUGGUCGCAUUACGCGCAGAUGAGUGCGCCGCCGGCUGGCGCUGGGAGUACCCCCUCGGGCCGGCUUGCCACCACCACCGCAGCCCGGCUGGUCGCGCGUUAGCGGGCUGUUUUUGUUCGUCAGACGGCCCCGGUGAGGGAUGGUCGGCCAAACAGACGUGCUCCGGCGCAGCGCGGCUGACGCGGCGGCGGUCACAGCGCUCCGUAUUUACUGGACGUGCCCUCCGAUCCUGUGAACUGAAUACAGAUUGUCGACAACCGUG